CACCCUUACCCUUCAGAAGAACAGAAAAAGCAGUUGGCACAAGACACAGGGCUCACUAUACUUCAAGUGAACAAUUGGUUUAUUAAUGCUAGAAGAAGAAUAGUUCAGCCCAUGAUAGACCAGUCCAACCGAGCAGUAAGUCAAGGAACACCCUAUAACCCCGACGGGCAGCCGAUGGGAGGUUUCGUGAUGGACGGCCAGCAGCACAUGGGCAUCCGAGCGCCAGGACCUAUGAGUGGAAUGGGCAUGAAUAUGGGCAUGGAGGGGCAGUGGCACUACAUGUAA